AUGUCCUCCAGUGAACCCCAGUCACCACUGUCUGAGCCAUCAUCAGAUCCAUACCCAGGGCCUCCUCUUCUGCUGAAUCUCCCUCCUGAACUCAUUGACAACAUUCUUUCUCAUCUUUCACCCUACGACCUCUCCGCCAUAUCCGCUACAUGUCGAGAUCUGCAUAAGCACGCUCUCUCAGAUGUCCUCUGGUACCCUCUCGUUCAAGAAAAUGUCCCAGGCGUCACUCUCACAAGUCCCCGGCCCUGCGACAGCUAUCAUGAGCUUUACGCCGCUCACUAUCGUCUUUGGUUCCUCCCCAGACAGAAAAUCUGGUUCUGCGAUAGAGAUCUCACCGGAAGACUCAUGAUCGUUCGCUAUGAUCCUCGGCGGGGUUGCAUCGAGGGCUAUCAAUUGCUCGCGAGUAGAGACCGGCAAAUACAGCAAAGUUUCCUCGGACAAGGCGACGUUUUGAUCAAUGAAUUUGAUCCGAAAGUCAAACUUCAUCUUGAUAAGCCUGUGCUGCAGUUUCGCGUGGGAGAACGGGCGCCGGAGGAUUUUCUGAGUCGACCUGGUGCCAAUCGCUUCGCUGAUGAGAUGCCUGUGACUCUUGAUGACAGAAUCGAUGCCCUGUUUAGCAAUUUUAUGUUAACAUGCGAGCUCGAUCAAGAAGAAGCCCAGCAAAACCUCACCUCGAAUUUCCCAUACGGCAAUAUCUGGCCACCGCCUCAUAUCCCUUCAGACCACCACGUCUCGGGUAGCAGCACGCAGGUAACAGCAGAGGGCAUUUUCGUGAAAACACCGUCAUCCCGGCCUCGGCGCCGCGAAGAAGUAUCAGAGCGGUUCUUCCGUAUCCGCCAAUGGAUGGAAAUGGCGGGCGGUUUAUCCCGAAUCGUCGACGGCGGGAUACCCAACGUUCACGUUGGCGAGGAGCUCAUCACGUACUCCACCCUCGAUCCGAAGUUAUACACGCCGACUGUGUUGAAGCCGUGGAGGGGAAUUUGGGUCGGCGAUUACAGUACCCAUGGUUGCGAGUUCUUGCUUGUGCACCAACCUGACGAUGAGACGAGCGCGACGGAUGAAGAACUCGGUCUUGUAAGACGAGAUUCCGAGACUGAUGAAGCGUGGCAAGCGAGACGGACUGAAGGGCGGACGUUUCAGGGACGACUGGAGGCUAUCAAAUUAACUGGUGAUCCCAACGUUCCGCGGGGUGAAAUCACCUUUGUAGCUGAUGAUAUUGGGCCUGAUGGAGUCGUAGACGGUCCACCGGUAGAUCCUUGCUUCCAGGGAAUGAGAGCGGUACACAGCAAAGGGCAUAUUGCAAACACAGGAUUCGCCUCAGACCGGUACAUUGAGAGCCAGCUUAUCUUUGUCAGUCACGAUCGGCUUGCGCAGCACUGGGUUGGGUUUGGACACAUAAACUACUUUCAGAGGGUGGACAUUGAUGAGUUUCUCAAGGUGUAA